UUACAGAAACUGUUGUAACUUGAAACUGGGAUCCUAGUUAGUGAGAAUCACACUGAAAGAGAUAUGGCAAGGCCAAGAAGAUCAAUCCCCAUCUUUUUUGUGGGAAUUCUGCUUUGCUUUUGCUUGGCAGCCUCGGAAAAGGCAGAACAUGUGAAGUAUAAGGAUCCAAAGCAGCCAUUGAACGUUCGAAUCAAGGACCUGAUUGGAAGGAUGACAUUAGAGGAAAAAAUUGGACAGAUGGUCCAGAUUGAGCGGGCUGUUGCUUCAGCCGAGGUGAUGAAAAAGUAUUUCAUUGGUAGUGUAUUGAGUGGAGGAGGGAGUGUCCCAGCUCCAAAAGCUUCAGCAAAGACUUGGCUCAACAUGGUCAAUGAAUUUCAGAAGGGUUCGUUAUCUACCCGAUUAGGAAUUCCAAUGAUUUAUGGGAUUGAUGCUGUUCAUGGACACAACAAUGUCUACAAGGCAACCAUUUUCCCUCACAACAUUGGUCUAGGUGCUACCAGGGACCCUGCACUAGUUAAGAAGAUUGGAGCUGCAACAGCACUUGAAGUCAGAGCUACAGGCAUUCCAUAUGCUUUUGCACCUUGUUUAGCGGUAUGUAGGGAUCCGAGAUGGGGUCGAUGCUAUGAAAGUUACAGUGAAGAUCACAAGAUUGUUCAAGCAAUGACCGAGAUUAUACCAGGAUUGCAAGGAGACAUCCCUUCUAACUCUCGCAAGGGUGUUCCAUUUGUUGCUGGAAAGAAAAAUGUUGCAGCUUGUGCUAAGCACUAUGUAGGUGAUGGUGGAACAACCAGGGGAAUCAAUGAGAACAAUACAGUGAUAGACAGGCACGGUUUGCUUAGCAUUCAUAUGCCAGCCUACUAUAAUUCAAUUAUCAAAGGUGUUUCAACCGUCAUGACUUCCUAUUCAAGCUGGAAUGGAGUUAAGAAUCAUGCUAAUCAUGAGAUGGUCACCAACUUUCUUAAGAAAACACUUCGUUUCAGGGGCUUUGUCAUCUCGGAUUGGGAGGGUAUUGACAGGAUUACAUCUCCACCUCAUGCUAACUAUACAUAUUCCAUUCUAGCUUCAAUCAAUGCCGGGCUUGACAUGAUUAUGGUUCCAAACAACUAUAAAGAAUUCAUUGAUGGGCUGACCUACCUGGUGAAAAAUAAAUUCAUCCCCAUGAGCCGCAUUGAUGAUGCAGUGAAGAGGAUUUUGCGGGUUAAGUUUGUGAUGGGUCUGUUUGAGGACCCGCUAGCAGAUGACAGCUUGGUUGACCAACUUGGAAGUCAGGAACAUCGAGAGUUGGCUAGGGAAGCAGUGAGAAAAUCACUUGUGCUGCUAAAGAAUGGAGACUCUGCCGAUGCUCCAUUACUUCCCUUACCCAAGAAGGCACCGAAGAUACUAGUAGCUGGUAGCCAUGCAAACAAUCUGGGUUACCAAUGUGGUGGAUGGACAAUUGAGUGGCAGGGACAAGGUGGCAAUAACAUCACAGAUGGUACUACAAUCCUCACUGCUAUCAAGAAAACAGUUGAUCCAAAAACAAAAGUUGUAUACAAGGAGAAACCUGAUGCUGAAUUUGUCAAGUCCAACGAUUUCUCAUACGCCAUUGUUGUAGUAGGGGAGCAUCCAUAUGCAGAGACAAAUGGAGACAGCUUAAAUUUGACAAUUCCAGAACCUGGUCCAAGCACAAUCGGAAAUGUUUGUGGAGCUGUGAAAUGUGUUGUUGUCGUAAUAUCUGGUCGUCCUGUUGUGAUCCAACCUUAUGUUCGCUACAUAGACGCUAUUGUCGCUGCUUGGCUGCCGGGAAGUGAGGGUCAAGGUGUUGCUGAUGUACUGUUUGGCGAUUAUGGUUUUACUGGCAAGCUUUCAUUCACUUGGUUCAAGACUGUUGAUCAGUUGCCAAUGCAUGUUGGAGAUUCACAUUAUGAUCCCCUCUUCCCAUUUGGGUUCGGCCUGACCACUAAACCAACCAAAGCUUAGUAGGCAAUCUUUUUUAUAGUAUUUCUACUUUCAAGUUGUUUGAAGCCAUUAUCAAUUACAUUUAGCACCUUAUAAAAAAUUUUACAUUUGUCACAACCACAAAUGAUAUUUGUUAUAAAGUAUCCUGAUCAUUUGUGCUUACUCAAGGCCUUGUGUAUAGUUUCCAAUCUCGAGAGUCCGAGCAUCUGUUUUGUGGUUGACAUACUGUGAGUUCCAAUACCUGCCUUAACCCCCAUCUCUGCAAGUGUAUGUAAGUUGCUAGGUAACAGGUUCCAGUUCAGUUUUAAAAUAUCUCCGCUUCAAUAAAGGCAUCAGGAAAACAGCCAACAACAAUCUGCUAGCCUGAACAAUUAUCUCUUCCCCUUUCUGUUGAAAAUUUCUGUUCUGUUUUUCCUUCUUUAUAAAUAAAGUGUUGAAAUUAUAUUUGAUAAAUUUUGAGGAGGAUGAUGAUGGUGCCAUGCAAGAGACUGUAGGCAUUUUUAUUACAUUGCUACAAUCUGUCAAAUCACUGGCAGAGAAUAGAAAUUCGUUCGAGUCUUUUUGACUGCAAUUAUAAAUCAUUUUCAUUCGAUAAGGUGAGGCUCUAAGAGAUUCCAAUGCUAUUGCUCAUCUUCAAAUUAAGAAAAGGAAAAACAAAAAUGAAAAAAAGAAACACCUCAUCUAGCGGCCAAACCCAAGAGCCUGUCAUUUUUCUGUCAUAUACUAU